GACCCACUCACUACCAUCUGAAGAAACACUUCCAUUUCUUUCUCACUCUCUGCAGCGACAGAGCAAAAAGAAGGGAAAAAAAAAAGCACAAUGCCUUCUUCACCGAAGUUCUUCAGAAUCGUACUGCAUAGAAAUCUCGAAGAUCCAAAAAUGAUGAUUCCAAAGAAGUUUGUGGAAGAUUAUGGUAAGCUUUUGUCAAAUUCGGUUAACUUAAAGCUUUCAGAUGGAAAGGAAUGGAGGGUGGGUUUAAGAAGGGCUACGAACGGCGCCGUUUGGCUCGAAGAGGGAUGGGACAAAUUUUCAGAACAUUACUGUUUAGAGUUUGGGUUGUUGUUAGUUUUUAAAUUAUUUGAUGGAAGGAGGAGUUCGAAUUUUAAAGUAACUAUAUUUGAUCCAACUGGAGUGGAAACCAAAUUCAUUUCUCCUUCACCACAGAUCAAGGAAGAGUCUGAUUCCGAUUCCGAUGAAAGUUUAGAGAGUUUAACUCUCCAUGGAGAUUUGAAGAAAAGGAAGAAUGUUUCAGUUUCAUGUAGUCAAUCUCGUAGGAAAAUGAGAAAGGACGAUUUGUUUACAGUCAAGACAGAACUUGAAGAAGAAGAAGAAGAAGAAGAGUGCAAGUAUAUAUUCAGGGAGAUUCCACGUUGUAAGGAAAGAGUAAUCCCAAAACAUGAAGCGAAGGUUUCAAGGAAAGAACAACCAUCACCAGAGAAAGUUGAAACAGUUCAAAGAUUCAGUUCUAAAUCAGAUCGUAAACCUUCCUUCGAAGUUGUCAUGCGACAGUCCAACGUACAAGGUAGAUUUAACAUGGUUAUUCCCUAUGACUUUGCUGUGAAAUGUUUAUCCGAGGAAGUUGGGACCAUUGAACUUCAAACUACAAAUGGUAGAAGUUGGCAAAUUCUGUACAAAUGGCGUCGAACGGAUCGAGCAGCUUACGCAUACAUUUCAAGUGGUUGGAAGCAUUUUGCUGAGGACAAUCGCUUGAAAGAAGGGGAUAUUGGACUGUUUCAAUUGAUUAACAAACACAUUUUUCUGUUCACUAAAUUACAAAACAAUUCCCUUCCAGCUGACGGAGAAACUGCAGCAACAGAAAAUCCCUUCUUUGAAGUGAACAUCUCCUCCAAAAGCUACGAGAAUUCGUUUCUGAACAUUCCUUUGAAAUUUGCAAAUAAGUACUUUUCACCAGAAAUGCACUCUGCUGACCUUCAAGUUGGGAACAAAAAAUGGAAUGUGAUGUUAAAGCAAUAUGAAAGUUAUGUUAGAUUCUCAAGUGGUUGGGGCACAUUUCUUGGUGAAAAUGGUUUGAAAGAUGGAGACAAAUGUUUGUUUGAAAUGGUUAAUACAGAACACUGUGUUUUUAAGGUAAGCUUUUCUAGAAAUGUUUAAACCUCAGCCUCUCUAUGGACAGGAAUAUUCUAAUGCCAAAACUUUGCUCUUCUUUAGACUUUUAUUUAAGUGUUAUGUAUGAGGUAGACUGUGAAGGUAAGAAAUUUUCCCUCUUGGUCGAUGAUAUAGCUGAUCUAAUUGAACAAUGUGUUGAAAAUAUUUAGAAGGAUAAGUUUAUGUUGAGUAUAUAUUUUGUGGAGGUAAAAGGGAAUUUGAACC